AUGUCGUAUCUGACACAAACGGCAUUAACACCUUCACGACCUGCACCUAAACCCAACGACAACAACGCCAUGUACACGCCUAACACAUCUUCCUCAUCCACUUCGGCGGCACUUUCUUCGUCAGGAUACAACAGCGCUCUAUCGUACUCCCCAUCAACGCCUGCUCCAUCCAGCUCUGCGUAUAAUGCGUAUAAUUCCAAUUAUUCGGGCAUCGGAGGAGUCCCGAGUGCUCAGGGCAGCACCUCCGCUACAGACGAUGCCUCGAUAAUUCGAAGUGGCUACGCCUCUGUAAAAGAAGACGGAACGUUCGCUAGUUGGAUCUGGAAAGUUAAAUGGCUUGUACUUAAAGAACAGACCCUCACAUUCCAUAAAUCCGAAUCAUCUUAUACUCCACAAACCACUAUCCCGCUCAAGGAUGUAUCCAACAUCGAGAGAACAGAUCUCAAACCGUAUUGUCUUUUAUUGGAAGCGGCGCCGAAUAAGAGGUUUUUCCUUUCCCUCAAAAACGACGAGGAAUUGUAUUCCUGGCAAGACGAAAUCUACUCCCGCACUCCACUCUCCUCGUUUUCCCAACCAACAAACUUUGUACACAAGGUCCAUGUCGGGUUUGACCCGAUCUCUGGAGCGUUCACCGGUAUGCCAGAACAAUGGAGUAAAUUGUUGACGAAGAGUGCGAUUACAAGGGAAGAUUAUGCGAAAGACCCUCAGGCGGUGCUUGAUGUGCUGGAAUUCUACACAGAUGGGUUGAAGAAAAGGGAGAUGGAAGAGAUGGGGAUGGAGAAGGAGGAGUUGGAGAAGGCGCAGCAGGAGAGAAGAGAUAGAGCUGAACAAGAUAAAAGAGAUAGGGAACGAGAGCGGGAAACUGAAAGGGAGAGAGAACGGGAGAGGGAUAGAAGAGAAAAAGAACCUGGUGCCAGACCACCUGCAAACCCACUUGGUGGUACGGGAUCGGCGAAAUCGACUCCAGCUAAUGUUGGUGGAGCAGCGCCACCGGUUAAACCACUGCAGCCUGCGAAGAAGGUACAGAUUGAGGAUGGGGGGAGAAAAGGUAUGCCAGGCGUCGCAGCUGCCGCUGCUGCUCUCAACGGCUCCUCAGCCAACGGCACAACAGGUACCAAUGGUACCGCCAAAGUGGAGAAAGAGAAACGCAUAAGCACGAUGACCGAGGUGCAGAUUAUGGCGAAGCUAAGGAGUGUGGUUAGUGAUGAAGACCCGAAGACGUUGUAUUCGAAGAUCAAAAAGGUUGGACAGGGCGCCUCUGGACACGUCUACGUCGCCAAAACACUCGCCACUGGCCGGAAAGUCGCGAUCAAAGAAAUGGAUUUGUCUCAUCAACCGAGGAAAGAACUCAUCGUAAACGAGAUCCUCGUCAUGCAAGAAAGCCAACACCCGAAUAUCGUGAAUUUCCUGAACAGUUACCUCGUUAAAUCAAACGAGCUGUGGGUCGUUAUGGAGUAUAUGGAGGGAGGAGCGUUGACGGAUAUCAUCGAGAAUAACACGUUGGAGGAGGAUCAGAUAAGUAGUAUUUGUUUCGAGACAUGCAAAGGCCUGACCCACUUGCAUUCCCAACAUAUCAUCCACCGUGACAUCAAAUCUGAUAACGUCCUCCUGGACUCGUUCGGUCGAGUGAAAAUCACAGAUUUUGGCUUUUGUGCAAAGUUGACGGAUCAGAAGAGCAAACGUGCAACAAUGGUCGGCACGCCCUACUGGAUGGCACCCGAAGUCGUAAAACAGAAAGAAUACGGCGCAAAAGUUGAUAUAUGGAGUUUAGGGAUCAUGGCGAUUGAGAUGAUCGAGAAUGAGCCGCCGUAUUUGGAUGAGGAACCGCUGAAGGCCCUCUACCUCAUAGCAACCAACGGAACCCCGACGCUGAAGAAACCCGAGUCUCUAUCAAGGGAAUUGAAAAGCUUCCUCGCUGUGUGUUUGUGCGUGGAUGUAGCGAGUCGGGCGACAGCAGGGGAGUUGUUGGAGCACGAAUUCCUCAAAAAAGCUUGCGCACUGAGCGGAUUGGCGCCAUUGUUGAGGUUCAGGACGAAGCAGGCUUCAUGA